GUGUUUGAAGUUUCUACUGUCAAAGCAGUUGGGUUGAAGACAUUAGGAAAAUUCCACAAGCUUUUAUCGGGGAAAAAAUUGGCUAGAUUCUUAAAGAAAAUUUGAGUUAAAAUACAUAAAUAACGUGAAAAUAACAAUGAGCGAAGACUACUUAAGUCAACCACUAUCGCUGGGGUCGUCAUCAACAGAUGAAGCACGCACGAAUCGAUCGAGUGGAGCGUCAUCCGGUACAAGCACAUUUAGUACCCCUAUAUCACCAUAUCUAAAUUACGACCCGCGUUUCCUGCAACAAGCGCAACCAGAAUUUAUUUUUCCGGAAGGCGCCAAUAAGCAACGUGGACGCUUCGAACUAGCAUUUUCACAGAUUGGAAGUUCUGUGAUAGUUGGGGCGGGAAUCGGUGGGUUGGCUGGAUUUUACAAUGGUCUUCAAACAACCACCGCAUUGAAACAGGCCGGAAAAUUGAGACGAACACAACUGCUCAAUCAUGUGAUGAAACAAGGCUCAGGCACUGCAAACACUCUGGGGACAAUAGCCGUGAUGUAUUCCGCUUUCGGUGUACUGCUGCAAAGUGUACGCGGUGAAGACGAUGAUAUUAACACGGUUAUCGCUGGCACAGCUACGGGAUUGUUGUACAAAUCUACAGCCGGUCUUAGAAGGUGCGCAAUCGGUGGAGGUGUAGGACUUGGUAUAACAACGCUUUAUUGUCUCUUCCAAUUUAUGCGGUCGAGUUCCGGCGGGUCUAAUUUGAAAUUCCUGUAAAGUCACAAGUGUUUCAAAAAUUGAAGUGGAUGUAGUAAACUGACUGCAUUAUUUUGUAUACAUAUACGAAUGGUAGUUAGCUGCUGGUAGUGACAUAUGUAACUCCAGAUCGUGGAGAUGAAUGGAGUUGCGUUAUUCCUCUAUGUAACGCGCUCAAACGUACAUAGCAAAUCUAAGUUGUAAGUUUCCCUUGUUUUCUAAUUUUUAUUUUUUUUUUAAUUGUAUUAGUUACUAGAACGUGAUGAGUUAAGUUGAACAAAAUAAUACCGAAGACACUUUGCUUAGUAAGCAAAAAUGAUAAAAUACUGAAAAAAUAACACAACUAUACUUUAAAUUUUUUGUGUAAUCCAGGGGAGUAUGUUUUUGCGGUGUAUGUAUGUAAAUUAAAAAUAGUGGUACAACAAAUUGUAGAACUAAACACAAUUGAAAAAAAACACACACCGAAAUAAAACAAAACGCUUUGCCAAUGCUGUGUUUUUUUUUCUGAAAUAAUCAAUAAAUUAAUUUUGUUAGACAAAAGGAAGUUAACGAAAUUUAAAAUAACUUUAUAAUGUAUGCAACAAAAUUAUGCAAUUUCUCAUUAAUUUAGCAGAGAAAUUAUACGGGGUAUUUAAAACUUUUUUAGUUUUAUUUGCUCAAUACAUAUAAAUACAAUAAUUAAUAUAAUACACAAUUUUUACAAAUAUAAAUAUUUCCUAUGAAAGCCCUACAUCGCCGCACUCAACUGAUAACCUGAUAA